CAGGCUACCACAGCUUCGUUUUGGCGGCCAUAACACAAGCCCACACGACACACUAGUGCUACUGCGGCCCCAUUGGCCACCAAUACUCACGUCAUUUCACCGCCAAAUUCAAAAAUUACUCCAUUAAUCUAUGAUUUCCCAAUCCUAUGUCAAACAUGCCUUGGAGAUAAUCCUUAUGUUAGGAUGAUGCGAGAUCGAUAUGGGAAGGAAUGCAAGAUUUGCACGCGCCCCUUCACUGUCUUUAGGUGGUGCCCUGGUGCAAGAAUGCGAUUCAAAAAGACUGAGGUAUGCCAGACCUGUGCCAAGAUAAAGAAUGUUUGCCAGACCUGCCUGCUAGAUCUGGAGUAUGGUCUUCCAACACAGGUACGAGAUUCUGCCCUAAGCUUAGCUGAUGAUAUGCCAAAGAGUGAAGUCAAUAAGGAGUACUAUAUCCAGAACAUGGAAAGAAGUAUGGCAGCUUCCUCGGAUGGUAGCACACCUGGAGGGGCAUUAGGAAAAACUAAGUCUCAUUCUGAGAUGCUCCUCCGUCUAGCUCGCACAACACCAUAUUACAAGCGAAAUAGGCCACAUAUUUGUUCCUUUUGGGUCAAAGGUGAAUGCAAGAGAGGAGAAGAAUGUCCUUAUCGACAUGAAAAGCCAACUGAUCCUGAUGAUCCUUUAGCAGAUCAGAAUAUUAAGGACCGUUAUUACGGUGUUAAUGAUCCUGUUGCUGAUAAACUUCUUAAGAGGGCGGCAGCAAUGCCAAGACUAGAGCCUCCAGAAGACAAGUCUAUCACUACUCUCUAUGUAGGUAAUUUGGGUGAUAGAAUUGGUGAAAAAGAAUUGCGAGAUCACUUUUACCAGUAUGGUGAAUUGCGCAGUGUCAAUGUUGUAGCCAAACAGCAGUAUGCAUUUGUACAAUUUACUACUCGGUCUGCUGCAGAGCUAGCAGCUGAGCGCACUUUUAACAAACUCAUUAUACAAGGUCGACGCCUUAAUAUUAAGUGGGGUCGAUCACAAGCUAGACAGGGAGGAGUGGGUAUUGGAGGUAUUGAGGACAUGGAAAGUGAUGAUACUGCCCCUCAACCUUUGGAACCUGUACCUGGUCUUCCCACACUCCCUCCUCCUCCUGAAGAGCUGCAUAACAACUUCUUCAAUUUACCUUCUACAGCUGCAAGCAUACCAUUGCCACCAGGCCAGGCACCUCCAGCUGCUGGGGCUCCAACAAUAAGACCUCCCAUGCCUCCGGGUCAGGCCCCUCCUAGACCUCCUGCACCCCCUCCUGGCAGUCUUCCUGGAGGGCCGCCGCCUCUGGGCACGCCUCUUGGUCCUCGACCACCAGGUAUACCACCAGCACCUCCAGGACAUCUGCCACCAUUACAGCCCCCUCCGUUCUUCCCUCCUCAUCUUCGUGCACCUUUACGUCCCCCUCCAGGGGUUCGUCCCCCUGCUUAUUUUCCGCAGCCACCACCAAUCCCUGGUGUUGGUCCUCCACCUCCUCUCACCCAUGGUAUUAUUCACUAUCCUUCACAAGAUCCUACACAAAUGGGGGCUAAUCCUGAUAAAAAAUAGUAAAUUUUUAUCAUUUUUUAUUUCAUAAUAAAUCUUAGUUUUUAUUGUGAUGUAUAGGUUGUAAAUUAUAAAAGAUUUUUAAUGAAGACACUAUUACACUAUUUGUCAGCAAAACAAAUGUGAAGAUUGAGUGUGAUCUGUAUUAGUUUAAGAAAUAAAAAAUGAAGUAAAUUGCAGUACUUGUAUAUUAAUGUUUAAAAUGUAAAGAUUUGAUAUUUUUAUGUAGUACUGGAUUAAUUUAUGUAAUAAAAUUAUUGCUUUUA